CUUCACUCCUCUUUGACCUCCAGCUUUCAACAAUCUGCCCCGUGCUCUUGUAUAUACAUCAUGGCAUCACUCGCUGACAAACUGACUGCCUCUGGCGGUGCGGAGUCUGCAGGAUUCCUCAACGAUAUUGUCGAGCAGCUCUGGCCCAACAUCAAUGUGGCAGGCUGCCGAAUGGUAAAGGAGAUUGUCGAACCUAUUCUAGCGUCGACGCUGCCGGGACCACUAUCUUCACUGCGAUUCGUCAAGCUGGACUUGGGCCAUGUUCCUUUCCGACUGUCGGCAGUGGAUGUCCACAAGACAUCUACAGGGGGUAUCAAGCUGGACAUGGAUGUCACUUGGGAAAGCCACAGCGAUAUUGAACUUGAUGGGAAGAUGGUCCCUAAGAUGGGCAUAGAGCGCGUACACUUGAAUGGAAGACUAUCUGUUCUUCUUGGGCCCUUGACAGACAUAAUCCCUCUGAUUGGCGCCGCUCAAGUCGCAUUCAUCAACCCUCCCAAGCUGCAGCUAGAUUUCACAGAUGCUGCGAAUAUCGCCGAUUUGGGCAUCGUCUCAGGAACCGUCCGCAAAACCAUCCUAGGAAUCAUCGGCGGAAUGGCAGUGCUACCAAAUCGUUUCCUCGUCAAACUCGACGCAUCCAGCGACUACUUCAAAACCUACCAACCACACCUCGGAGUCCUACGGCUGACUGUCGGAAAAGCAACCGGCGUGGCGGGCCCUAAGAAGAGCAGCGUGAAGCGCCUCCUGAACAAGAUAGUCAAGGAUAUUCCCGACUGCUACUGUCAAGUCAACGUGGGUGCAGAAGAGGAGUGGCGCACCAAGACGAUCAAGAACGACCACGACCCGGAUUGGAACGAAACCCACGAUUUCCUAAUCGCCGACUUCGACCAAGCCAUCACGCUCGACGUCAACGACGACGAUGUAGGUGCCGAUGAUGACAUUGGCAUGGGAAGCAUCACUGUCAAAGCUCUCCUCCUCGCAGGCGGCUCCUCGGAAAUCCCACUGACCCACAAAGAUGAGCCGACAGACGCUCGUCUGACCAUCCACGGAAAAUUCUUCCACUUCACCGGCGAGCCCAAUACCCUGAAUGCUCAGCAGAUUGAAGGCGAGGGCCAGAUAUGUGGUCUAGCCACUAUUCUCGUCGCGAGCGCUCUCGGCCUCCAGGGCCAGCGCGAUGAGCUGAACCCUAGCGUCAAGAUCUCAUGGGGUGCGAAGGAAUUCCGCACCGCUGUGAAAUCGUACUCGCCGGGCACGGAUAUCUUCAAUCCGUCAUUUGACCAGGCGUUCCGUGUGCCCAUCACUGGAGAAAUGAUUGAGAAUCCCGCGGCGUUCAAAGUCACGCUGUUGAACAAAGAGGUGGAGACGGGAACUGUGGAGGUUGGAUUCACAGAUGUGAUGAACGCGCCCGGAUUGACGUUGACGGAUGCUUUCAAGGUUGGGAGCGGGGCGACAGUGAGGCUGAGCAUUUCGCUCCAUGGUAUGGAGUUGGCUAAUUGA